AGCAGCCUUAGACGGAGAGACUUCGGAGACUUUGCAGUCGAGCGCCGAGCAGUCGAUCGCCCUUGCUCUUAGUUGCUCUCUGCCUCGCCUGGCGGGUGGCUCUUCGAGCAGCUGUGCAGAAGCCAAUAGUCUGACAUGGAGCAUAUCUUUACCCCGCUGGAAUGCCUGCUUCCCACUGGAAAUUUGAAGUAUUGCCUAUUGAUCCUUAAUCAACCUUUGGACAGAAGUCAUUUUCAUCAUCUGUGGAGCAAAGCUCUUCUAAAAGCCUGUGCUGAUGGAGGUGCUAACCAAUUGUAUCAUGUCACUGAAGGAGAGCGGGAGAGCUUCUUACCUGAGUACAUCAGUGGAGAUUUUGAUUCUAUUAGACCUGAAGUUAAAGAGUACUAUGAAGUCAAGGGUUGUGAACUUGUCUCAACUCCUAGUCAAGACUACACUGAUUUUACUAAAUGCCUUAAAGUGCUCCAGGAGAAGAUAGUGGAAAAGGAGCUCCAGGUUGACCUGAUUGUGACUUUGGGUGGACUCGCGGGACGAUUUGACCAGAUCAUGGCUUCUGUGGAGACCCUUUUCCAUGCAACUACCAUUACUCCAGUGCCUGUUAUCAUCAUACAAGCGGAUUCCCUCAUUUUCCUGCUUCAGCCAGGAAAGCACAAGCUGCAUGUAGACACUGGAUUUGAAGGUGAUUGGUGUGGCCUUAUUCCUGUUGGACAUCCUUGUAAGCAAGUCACCACAACAGGGUUAAAAUGGAAUCUCACUAAUGGUGUGCUCAGGUUUGGAACCCUAGUCAGCACUUCAAACACCUAUGAUGGCUCUGGAGUUGUGACUGUGGAAACAGAUCAUCCACUCAUCUGGACCAUGGGCAUCAAAGAUGAACCCAGAGAAUUUCACUUCAAAAUCCACCCCUGCCUUACCUAAUCUGUUUAUGACUGAAAAACAGGAGGAAUACAUCUGGAUUAGAAUAGUUAUAUGUCAUGAAGUGGAAGGGGGGCUAGUUUUUUUUUAAAUAAUUGUUUUCAUGCAAUUUAGGAUAUAACAUUUUAAAGGAGAGAUGCUAAUUUUUUUAAAUGAAGGGAAAAAUUAAUGGCUAAUUAAUGUUAUCAAAAUCAAUUAAUUUAUUUAAAACAUGAAUUUGGAUCAGUCCUUUCUAAAAUUUCAGAUCUGAUUAUUCACAGCAAAAUUCACCAAACCCUUCUCCUUAUCCUCCCAAUAAGUCAUCCCUUUGAAGCUGCUAAUAUGUUCCUCAGGAAAUUUUCAGGUCCUACCCCCAAGCCUCCACCAAAGGACAUUACUGUUGUCUGCUGUCCACUUAUCGCGUUGGACUGUGUUACAAGGUCUUAAGAGCAAAGCUUUGUAAUUCACUCUAUGCUUCUUGCAAAAACCUAUUAUUUUAUUCUAUUCAAAUCACUGAUAAGUGCUCAUUACUAUCAUUUUCAUCCUUAUUACUAUCCGUGAAAAUGGCCAAAAUUUAAUGACCUAAUGUAUUAAAUCAGAAUGGCCAGCUAGGUGCACAUACAGUGCCGGGCCUCGAGUCAGGAAAACUCACCUUCCUGAGUCCAAAUCUGGCCUCAGACAUUUACUGCCUAUGUGACCCU